GAACGAUGCACAUCAGAACAUAGAGUCCGAUCACCAGCAGAGUGAUGACUUUCAGGAAGGCUACGAAACCGAUUCCUGCGUUGCACAAUUGUUCAGGGUCACCGGUACCACCCGUCUUGCACGACCAACGAAUAGCAUAUUCUCAGAUUUCCCGUAGAAUAAUAUACACUGGUGAAGUCGUAGGCGACCGAUUCAUUCGAGUGGCGUAGCAGCAGCUAGUCCAGCCUUUGAAGCCUCAAUCCCUCGCUAAAUUGGGACGGGAUAUGAUAGAACCUUCUUUAGGAUGAAACCUCCCGUCUUCAGAGAUAUGUAGUACGCUCGAAAUCCCGAAAUGCCUUCCUCUUCUCCAGCAGCGGCGGAGUUGCUUAUGAAAACCUUGAAAUCCUGAUAUGAUAGAUCUGUUGCGGACGGACCCGCCCUUGAGAGAUGUUUUCGUGAAGGACGACAACCACGGGGAAGAAGAGCUCCAUGAAAGAACUCCUGGUUUCUCGGUUGUGAUCGUAGACCACCCUCCCCCGAUAUUUUUCUAUUCCUUUUCGUUCCUGUUUAACCAACCAUCGGGCUUUGAGCUAUCCCGUAUCGUAGAGAGAAGAGAGGCAUUCACAUUCGGGAGCUCACAGAGCUUUCUCUCCUAGUGUAGCGGCGAAGGGAACAAGUUGCCGGAACUUCAACAGCGAGUUCGUCCAUUGCUCGGGUAGGACGAUAACAGAUUGAACGAGAACCUAGACGAGAGAUAGAUGCCUGUUGCCCUCUGUCGUGAGCUACCCAUGGAGACGGCCGACAUGCUGCGAUCAAAUGACUAAGACUAGGUUAGGUACGCAGCUUUUUCUCUUUUCCUGAACCCCUGACUGCUGCCCUGAUCUUAGCAAAUCCGAGAGCGAUCAGCGAGAAGAAAGAGCCACAUGCGGAACACUUGAUUAUUUAAGCUCAAACACCCCGUUGGAACGAGGGCAGUCUUCCAGCUCUAGUUCACACCGGAGGGAACCCUAAAGAUGAAAGCACCCAAACAUCGAUUGGGGAGGGGGGGUAGCAGUGGUGGUAGUUCCCCAGAGCCCCACUGCCCCCCCGACCACCGAUCGGGGGAAAGCGUCACGUGAACAACAAGGUGAGAAAGAGAGGCGACCCAACAUAACUAACAAAACUGCUUGUUGAGGUAGCUACCUACCCUUGAGUCGAGAGGAAUAAGAGGAUCCAGCCAGUAAGGGAAAUUCCAUUGAAUUCAACACUGUCUCAAUGUGAAGCAGCACCCUUCCUUUUUUUUUCGUCUGAAUAUUCAGGAGCUAAGACCAUUCCAAUGCCCCUUUUCGCCAUGCAUAAACUGAACCGGAUAAGCAAGCACGAAAAUUAAAGCUUCUAUAAAGACGGAUACGCCCAAUACAUCGAAACUCAUUGCCCAUGGAUAAAGACCGUUUCGACAUCAAAAACAACAAAAACUAAAGCAGUAAUAGCGGAUUCGGAAUUGUAACCAAGCAUCCCCAUUGGUUCUAUACCCGAUUCAUAACUAGAGCAUGCAGCCGAUAAUGGAGACAGAUAUAUAGAAAGUGUGCAGUGAUGGAUCUUUAUAGGUAGCCAGUCUUUACAACACUCGGCCCAAGCGAGAACCAAGCAAGUCCAUAAGCGAAGAAGAAAGUCCUGAGCGCUAGCUGAUCGUAGACCACCGUUGCUUGUUCGCGGAAGGACUUGCUUCUUUCUGGCGCGCGUCAGCGCUUAUGGAGCAAUCAAACUACUGCGCGUUAGCGCCGCGCUAGCAGCAAUCAAACUACUGCGCGUGCUAACGCGCCCCAUGCAACCAAGCAACGGCUGAGCUAGCUGAUCGUAGAGCACCGUUGCCUUGACUCUGUUAGGGGCGAAGUAGUUUGAUUGCUGGAUGCGCUACCGCGCUUUACUUACUCUAAAGGGCGCGCUAGCCGUUGCUUGGUUCUGGCGCGCUAGCGCUCAGGACUUUCUUCUUCGCUGAGGGAGUGGAUUCUUUGCUCCCAUGCCUUUCUUGGUCGGACCAACCCAACCGGCGAUUUCCGACAAGUCUUUCUGAAUUUUUAGAGCAUGAAGCGGAACUACAGGGAUGAAAUAAAAAGUGUUUCUUACGAUUACGCCCAACAGCCCACUUGAGCAAUUUGCCAUUCUCCCAUUGAUUCCUAUGAAUAUAGGAAACUUGUAUUUAUCAUUCACAAAUCCAUCUUUGUCUAUGCUGCUAACUCUCAGUUUGGUCCUACUUCUGGUUCAUUUUGUUACUAAAAACGGAGGGGGAAACUCAGUACCAAAUGCUUGGCAAUCCUUGGUAGAGCUUAUUCAUGAUUUCGUGCCGAACCCGGUAAACGAACAAAUAGGUGGUCUUUCCGGAAAUGUUAAACAAAAGUUUUCCCCUCGCAUCUCGGUCACUUUUACUUUUUCGUUAUUUCGUAAUCCCCAGGGUAUGAUACCUUAUAGCUUCACAGUUACAAGUCAUUUUCUCAUUACUUUGGGUCUCUCAUUUCCGAUUUUUAUUGGCAUUACUAUUGUGGGAUUUCAAAGAAAUGGGCUUCAUUUUUUAAGCUUCUCAUUACCCGCAGGAGUCCCACUGCCGUUAGCACCUUUUUUAGUACUCCUUGAGCUAAUCCCUCAUUGUUUUCGCGCAUUAAGCUCAGGAAUACGUUUAUUUGCUAAUAUGAUGGCCGGUCAUAGUUCAGUAAAGAUUUUAAGUGGGUCCGCUUGGACUAUGCUAUGUAUGAAUGAUAUUUUAUAUUUCAUAGGAGAUCCUGGUCCUUUAUUUAUAGUUCUUGCAUUAACCGGUCCGGAAUUAGGUGUAGCUAUAUCACAAGCUCAUGUUUCUACGAUCUCAAUCUGUAUUUACUUGAAUGAUGCUACAAAUCUCCAUCAAAGUGGUUAAAAAUUUAUAAUUGAACAAAAGCGAGGGUG